AUGAAGCAUUUAUUAUUAUUAUUUGCAUACAUUUCCUUCGCUUCAGCAGUAGGAACAAAUUGUAGCACCCUUAUUACCCACUGCGCAACAGAAGAAGAAUGCAAAGCGACGCAUUGUUCCGAACCCACCACAGUCUGUCCUAAGGGUCAGGUUUUAAAGGAACUGCCUUGUAAAUGUUGUCCAGAAUGUGUUCCAGAUAAUUGUGAUACUAACUGCGAUGCUGUAAAAUGUGCAAAGCCUACAUGCCCACCUGGUCAAAUCCUGACGCCUGUACGCUGUCAGUGUUGUCAAGAAUGUGCGCCAGCCUACGAACCCAAUUGCAACCUGGUGAAAUGUCCCAAAUUGAGAUGUGUUCGUGGAAGGGUCGAAAUUAGAAUUCCUUGUCGGUGUUGUCCAGUUUGUCGGCCAUGGCUUCCAUAG